CUCUUUGGAAAAGUGCUUGAGAACAUCCCGAAGCGAUUGGAGGAGCGGAAAACCCUUCCCCCCUGCACCUGACUCGUGGGUAUUUACAGCACUUUUCAAGGCGGCUCGGCACUGCCACUGCACAAGCGGGAGUGGAUGGGCUGCGCGGGGCCGGCAGCGCCGUAGGGACCAGGAGCGGCACCGAUGCGCCCGCAGUGACCCCGCGUGUGCCUGCGCUGCGCCGCCCGGGACCGCUGCACGCACCCGCAAGGACAGAGAGAGUCUGCGAGAAGCACAAACCCUGCGUCCAAAAUGCCACGCUCCUUCCUGGUCAAGAAGCAUUUCAAUUCAUCCAAGAAGCCGAAUUACAGCGAGCUGGACACUCAUACAGUGAUUAUAUCCCCAUACCUGUACGAAAGCUAUCCAGUCCCUAUCAUACCACAGCCAGAGAUCCUGAGCUCAGUAGCUUACAAUCCCAUUACUGUGUGGACUACAACUGGGCUGCUACCGUCUCCAUUACCCAAUGACCUCUCUCCACUUUCUGGAUACCCCUCAUCUUUGGGAAGAGUCAGCCCACCUCCACCUUCUGACACCUCCUCCAAAGAUCACAGCGGUUCAGAAAGCCCCAUUAGCGAUGAAGAAGAGAGAAUCCAGUCAAAGCUUUCAGACCCUCAUGCAAUCGAAGCUGAAAAGUUCCAGUGCAGUUUAUGCAACAAGACCUAUUCAACUUUCUCCGGGUUGGCCAAACAUAAGCAGCUGCACUGUGAUGCCCAGUCUAGGAAAUCGUUCAGCUGCAAGUACUGUGACAAGGAGUAUGUCAGCCUGGGAGCGCUUAAGAUGCACAUCAGGACCCACACACUGCCUUGUGUCUGCAAGAUCUGCGGCAAGGCUUUCUCCAGACCCUGGCUACUUCAAGGACACAUUAGAACUCACACUGGAGAAAAGCCGUUUUCCUGUCCUCACUGCAACAGGGCUUUUGCAGACAGAUCCAAUCUAAGGGCUCAUCUGCAGACCCACUCGGAUGUGAAGAAAUACCAGUGCAAAAAUUGCUCCAAAACUUUCUCCAGAAUGUCUCUUCUGCACAAACAUGAGGAAUCUGGAUGCUGUGUAGCACACUGAGUCAUGCAGUCAAUGUUUACCUGGACUCAAUGCAUUUCUCCACUUCUGUUCCAAAUGAUAAGGCGUUUUCUCGUCUACUUUUCAGCCAAAAAAAACCCCAAAAACCCCAAAAUACAAAGAAACCAAACCAACAAACCAAAACAUCACCAAACAAGCAAACAAAUAAACUAGUGGAAGAACUUAGAAUGUCAGUAGAAAUGAGCUUUAAGUAGUUUCUGUUCUGCCAAACAUUUGCAUUCUUAAGUGCGAAUUCUGAAAUAGGGAGAAAGACGCCAUGCAUGACAUUUCAAGUAGAUCUAAAGGAAGCAGCAUUAUCAGCUUUCUUAAUAGAUGAAGCAAAAUGUAGGUUGUCUUUUCUUGCUUAGAAAAGGCUUCAAAGUUAACAAUACAUUCCUGCCAAGCCAUUUCAACCAAAGAAACAGUAUUUUAAGUGGAAAUUUUAAUGAAAAUACUACCCAAGUGAGUUUUGCUAGACACCAUUUAUCUCAGGUGCCUUAAAAAGUAUUCCAAGUUUACCUUAGUAAAUGUUUAAUAUUAUUCGUUGCUGUGUUUUUUUAUUUUAUUUUAUUAGAAGCCAAGGCCUUCAUUAAUGACCUGAAAUGCUUUAAAACUGCAUAAUUAAAAGAGGGGAAAAAAGUGUAAGAGAAUGUACGAAAAAAUUAAAAGCCACAAAUUAACUGCAUGUGCCUUAAAAAAUAAAUUUAAAAAGAUAAUACUGUAGCUUCAAACAUUCCUGGUGCAUGCUUGACCAUCAUUUAAUAUGGAAUAGUUCCUCUAAACUUCAUUUUUUUUAAAAAAAAACGGGAAUAAGUGCAAGAGAGGGGAUCCAUGGGAGUUUUACAAUUUUUUUUUUUUUAAAUGCACAAAGGAAAUGCAAUAUUUUCAGCAUUACCCCUCCAAGUGCCUUUUUUAUUGAUGAUUUUGUAAAGUAUGUGGACAUAAUGUAAAUAUUUUUAUUUUUAUAUGAUUGAAUGUGUUAUGAAUGAAAGCAAAUUGUUGCCCAUAGCAGCAUCUAUAGAUAACUUGAAGAAAGUGUGAAGUGAAACUGAUGUUGUUUUCUAGCCACUUUUUUACAAUAAACAUUUUUAAGUAAGA